AUGUUGUCUACAGUAUUCAAGUUCGCAUUCCUCCUUCCGCUAGCAGUUGGGGGUCUUGCUACUCCUUCGCCUCCGGAACUCGCGAGGCGCGCAGUCGCACCUCCCUCAGAGGAUCCCUUCUACAAGGCCCCAGCCGGGUAUGAAGAUGCCUCUCCGGGAGAUAUUUUGGCAUACCGCAAGGCACCAGCCAAACUUGCUGCCUUCCAGGCGAUCCCGUUGAACGUGAAGGACGUUUGGCAAGUCUCAUAUAGAAGCACCGACGUUUUUGGAAAACCACAGGCUUCUGUCAGCACUAUUAUAAUUCCUUAUAACGCCGACUAUUCCAAAGUCAUCUCCUACCAGAUCGCCGAGGAUGCUGCGUACAUCAAUUGCUCUCCUUCUUACGUCUUGCAGCAAGGCACCAACACGACUUAUGCUGGCACCAGCAGCAUAGAGGUCCUUCUCAUGGCUGGAGCUCUCAGGCAGGGCUGGAUCGUGAGCUCUCCCGAUUGGGAGGGUCCUCAGUCAAGCUUUAUCGAAGGUGUCCAAGCUGGACAAUCCACUCUAGACUCCAUCCGUGCCGCCCUGAAAUCUAACAAGUUCACGGGGAUCAAACCAAGCGCAGCCGUACAAAUGUGGGGUUAUUCUGGAGGUGCUCUUGCAUCGGAGUUUGCCGCAGAACUGCAGGCUUCCUAUGCUCCGGAGCUCAACAUUAUCGGAAUGGCGAUUGGUGGCACUACGCCAAAUGUUCAGAGCGUCUACAAAACUAUCAACAAUGGUCUUUUUGUCGGCCUUAGCUUCGCAGCUCUCGGAAGCCUCACCAAGAUUUUCCCUGAUGUUAAGGAUGCCAUUGAUGCUCAACUUGUCCCUUCCAAGAAAGACGCCUUUUAUUCAUCUCUUGAACGUUGCUUCUAUGACGAUGUGGUGAGCUACGCGUUCCAGAACUCUUCUACCUACUUCAAGUCGGACAUCAUGAAGGAUCCAACUGUGUCUCGCUACUUGAACAGCAACUGCAACCAGGGUUCUCAUGGCACCCCAGGAAUGCCAAUCUUCUGGUACAAGGCGCAGAAUGACGAGAUCUCUCCAGUUGCUGACACAGAUGCCGUUGUGGAGAAAUACUGUUCCGCCGGCGUGUCCGUCACCUAUGUUCGGGAGGCGGCUGGUGAGCACUUCACUGAGGCAGCUCUUAGUAUUGGCGAUGUACUUAAUUUCCUUACGGCUCGUUUUUCUGGAACCCCUAUUUCUGGGUGCACGACCAGAGAUGUAUUCUUGAGCCCCUUAUCAUCCCCAAGCACCGCUAAGACGGCUGGCACGUUUAUUGUUGGAACUCUACUUAGUCUGAUUAGUAUUCCUAUUGGAUUAAGUCACCUUUAA